AUGCUGCAUUCAGCUACCGAGUCAGCGAAGAAGAUCUUCGCGCCCACGAGUAACUCUGAAGACCCUGGCCAUGCAACCCAGUAUAACAAAGGCGCACUAGACCGUGAAGACCUCCUUCCCACUCCAACCGACCAAUUCCACAAGUGGUUCCAGGAAGCCCAGGCAAACAACGUUUACCAACCCGAAACCGUCACCUUGUCCACCGCCGAACUACCUAGCGGUAGAGUUUCCGCACGUACGCUUUACAUGAAAGAGCUGGACGAUCGCGGCUUCGUCAUCUACUCAAAUUGGGACACGAGUCGCAAAGCUAGCGAUGUACGAAGUAACCCCCAUGCGGCAUUGACUUUCCAUUGGCGCGAACUCGAACGCCAAGUUCGCGUCGAAGGGACUGUAGAGCGGCUUACGUCCGAGGAAUCGCAGGUUUACUACGAUACUAGGAUUCGCGGGUCAAGAAUUGGGGCGUGGGCCAGUCAGCAGAGUAGUGUGAUUGAAUCAAGAGAGCAGCUAGAGAAGAGAGUGGAAGAUGUAGAGAAGAGGUUCAGUGGCAAGGAUAAGAUUCCGGUGCCGGAGUUUUGGGGUGGAAUGAGAAUUGUGCCAGAGAUGGUGGAGUUUUGGCAGGGGCGGCCGAGUCGGUUGCACGAUCGCUUUAUUUAUAGGAAGGUUGGUGGGGACGAGAACACGAAGGGGAUCAAGGAGGCGGAGUGGACGAUCAAAAGGUUAAGUCCUUAA